GUAGAUGGUUGGUUUAGAACGAUCAAUUUUCGACGUAAAAAAACGACAUAUGCGCUCAAUUUCGUGUAAUUUGGUUUCGGGUUAAUCUUCAAAUAGUUUUUACUCAAUUAUAGUGUGAAUUACACCUAUUAUCGCAGUUGAAUAUAGUAAAUUGCUCUCGGUCGUUUGAUUAACGUUAUUAACUCUCUAAACUAUUCUCAUUAUUUCCAUUUUGAUUUACUUAUCGGAUUCUCGCCUUUGUUUUGGUUUCGCCGUUUUUAUUUUUGGUGAUAGUGAACGUACAACCAGCGAGUGUGUGUGCUACCGAUAUUUCCGACUACCUACGUCGCCGCUAUUUCGAGAGACACGGAUAGUGACCGGAAGUGACUCUGCAUUUCUCGGGGGACGUAGCCGUGUCGCGACAUCUUCAAGACGCCUCCGAACUUCACCAAAGUGGAUAACAAACCGUUCACGACGCUGAACUUCACGGACCUGGGGUCCCCCUUCGGGGGGCCAAACGACGAUCCCCCCGGGACGCCCACCAUGUCCGGUGAGGGCCACAUCGGCCCCCCGACGCCCCACGAGUCCAACAACUCCACGCCGGUGUCGAAGAGCGCCUUCAUCGAACUCCAGCAGCACGGGUACGGGCCCCUGAGGACGACUUACCAGCACCACUUCAAUUCGCCGGCGGGAAAUGCGCAUUCCGGACCGACGGGGGCCCACGACGGGGGCUUCCCUAGUCCUAGGGGUGCCCUCGGCGCCUACCCUUUUCCUCCCAUGCACCAGAAUUCGUACACGGGAUACCACUUGGGAUCGUACGCCUCGAACUGUCCGCCUUCACCCAAAGAUGAUGAAAAAUGCCUGUCGCUGGAGAGGCCGUCGGGAGGAGGCAAGGGAAAGAAGAUGCGGAAGCCCCGCACGAUAUACUCCAGUCUUCAGCUGCAACAAUUGAACCGACGGUUCCAAAGAACGCAGUACCUGGCGCUACCCGAAAGGGCAGAGCUCGCCGCCAGCCUAGGUUUAACGCAGACGCAGGUCAAGAUAUGGUUUCAGAAUAGAAGGAGUAAAUACAAGAAGAUGAUGAAGGCGGCGCAGGUUCCAGGGGGUACAAACAACAACGGCACGCCCGGUGGACACUCGGGACUGCUAGGUGCCAACGCCAACUUGCCCUCGACGAGUCCUGGUCCCCAAGGCCAGAACAUGAUGCAAGGUAGGAUCAAACUGGAAGGAGGCGGGUCGUCGAGCGGAUCCCCGGCGACGGGGUACAUGCAACACUCGUCGCCCACCCCCAGUUCCACCCCCGGCUCGGAUAUAUCGGGACAGCCGGCCGCCAGUCCCGGAUGGGACGUGAAGCCCCAGCAACCGAUCCACCCGCCGCCCCAUCCCGCGCCGCACCCGCACCCUCCGCACAACUACCUCCCACAGUACUCGUGGUACCCCACGGACAACCCAGGCCUACUCACGGUGUGGCCAGCUGUUUAAUAAAGGAAAAGUGAUUAGUUACUAAUUAGAUUUUUUAAAAAACUUUAAUAACAAAGGAAAAACUGUGACCAGUGAAUGUGUACGAUAUGUUAUAUUUGUUUAUUUUUAUUGUUGAUAUAAGUUAUACUAGAUUGUUUCAAAUUACAUUCCCCGUCUGUAAAAUAUUGGUAUUAGAUCUCAGUCAGAGCAGUAAAACAUUUUAUUUUCAUUGUUGGUAGUAAAACGCCAUAUCACAGGUCGUUAGCUACAAGUAAUGAACGUGAAGUGAAGAAUUUUUACUUUUAUUUAAAUAGUAAAGAGUUUGGUGCAAUAUGAUAUUCGAUAUGUUUUUAAUUACAGCGUAAGUCGGCCAGGUGCCCCACGAAUUUUGCUUUAUAUUUGCUACAUCUGAAUUGUAGAUAGUUAAGUUAUGGAUAUUUCUAUAUGUAGCUUUUAAACAUUAUAGUUUGGAUCAUUAUUUAAAAAUCCGCCCCGCCCCUUGCCGAUUUAUCGAAUCCAAAUUGGAAAUGUUGAAAAUUGUAAAAUGACACGUACCACUGACAUCUCCUUCAGUGUAAGUAACGUGGUGUAGAAACGAUUAACGUGAACUAAAUAAUCUCUAAGUCAAAUACGUUUUUGUUUUUAUACCAAUUGUUCGGUUUGUUAGGUUGGUACGUUUUGUUGAUCCUGUAAAUUAUAUAUUUAAGACAGCCUAUGGCUUGUCGUCGCGACGAGAUUGACGAGAACACGUCAAGUCCUUAGUGAUUCCUGUAUAAUAUAUUGUAAAACUAAUAGUUGUUGAUGAUUGUGUGGUGAGUGUAAGACAGAUGAUGUACCUUAUUAUGUAAAGUAGUUUUAAUCGAAAAAACUGUCUUAAAUUUAGAACGAAAUUAUUAUAAUUAUUACAUGAAAAAAUAUUUCUA